UGUGCUCUGCUGUGUGUGCAGUGGAAGAUGCUCGGCGUGCUCGCCCUUGAGGCGGCGUUCGUGGCUGCCGUGGCGGCCGGUGUGCUCCUCGGUGCCCACACCCAUGAGAAGCGCUCCAUGAUCGUAGGCAUCCUCUGCGUCAUCUUCGGCUCCAUCAUGUACGCCUCCCCGCUCACCAUCAUGGGUAAAGUGAUCAGGACCAAGAGUGUGGAGUACAUGCCAUUCUUCCUGUCGCUGGUGAACUUCCUCAAUGGCUGCUGCUGGACGGCCUAUGCGCUUAUCAAGUUUGACAUCUACAUCACGAUCCCCAAUGCCCUCGGUACAAUCUUUGGUCUCAUCCAGCUGAUCCUGUACUUCUACUACUACAGAUCGACCCCCAAGAAGGGCAAGAAUGUUGAACUGCCCACUGUCCUCACCAAAAACGCCGUUACCAGCGGCACCGUCUCCGUCACCAUAGAGAAAUAAACGUGGCUUCGUUUUUUAGCCCUAAUGAUUUUGAGUUGUUAAUACCG